UUCUCUCUGUGUCCCAAACAAAGUGUCACAAAGAGCUCGGCCGGCGGCAGCCGCGGAGGCGGCUGUAACUCCGCUUUUGUUCUCCUGGCCCGGGGUAGCUGAGCUCUGGCCUCCCUAUCUCCCAACCCUGCCCCCAUUCUCCUCCUGGAUUAUUUUCCACGGGUGGAGUGUGAGGUGUGCUGGUGGAGUCUCUCGUGUGAGAUCACAGGUCCUGCUCUGCUUGCGUACCAGUUUUUGAGAGGGGUAUUUUCCCAGAUCAUCUCCUACCCACCUCUCAGCCUGAGAACUGAGGCUCAUACAGGCACUAACACUGACUUUUUAGGGCCAGCUCUAGUUAAAGAGACUUAAGGCUGUAUACAUGUCCUCUUUACCCCCCAAUCCCAGGCUCCUCAGAACUUUCAGAAUGGGGUCAAGUUAGGACAUGCUAGAACAUGGGUCUAGGAUAAGAUGGUGUGUGUGUAUGUGUGUGUGUAUAUUGUACCUCCCUCUCACCUCUUCAUAGUUAAUAUGGGAGCCAAUGACUGACAUUUCAUGCUGUUCCCCCCCCCCACCUCCCCCCAGUCCUUUCCCCAAGAACUCAUAUUAAAAGGUGUCCAGGUUCAGUGUAAUGUGGAUUUGAAACAGCUCUCAGAGCAUCCAGGUUCAGAGAGCCAUGGAGAGACCUUACAAGUGAGUUGUUCUCUUGUGUGUGUUCUCCAGGCGGUCUUGACUUUGGACUAUCUAAUAAGCCCCCUUUCCAUUUUCUCUCAUCUAGCACUGGGGUUCAUAUUUGUUAGCUGAUUUAGGAGAGGGGAGAUUGCCAACGAGAGGGGGAAAGAAAUCAUAUGUUGGGGAUGACCAGAGACAGAGGCCUAAUUACUUACUACUAGGCCCCAGAGACUCUGAUCUUUUUUACUGAAUACUUGACCUUAAAAAUCUUCGAAUCACAAGAUUUGGGGUGGGAGGGGCAGCUUUCUUGGUCCUUUAUUUGGUGAAUUCUUCCGUACGUCUUUUCACCAUCCAGUCAUCCUCGGUAGGAUUUGCACUUACCACUUCUGCAUCGGCUCUCCCAGUCUGUGAAAGUAAUUGGCCUGUUGCUUUGGAAAUAUUUCUAAUUUGUAACACUGGUCCUGCAUCCCUGCAAAAUACAAACAGGAACAAGAUAACCCCUGAUUCCCACUGUGUGUGGAAAGUAGGUCAGUACCACUCUCUGGCCAAGGCUCAGAGGUGGUGUUUAAGCCUUGAGUAUAGAAAAAUGUGAGGAUUGUCCACAGACAAUACAUGUCUGACUUAGGUUCCAAACCAGGUCACAGACUCUGUCUCUGUUGGAUCUCCCUUAUUGAGAGCAAUUUAUGAGCUCUGGUGCCCGAGACCUGGUUUGAUGUAGAAAUGACGGAAGCCAUCUUGACUGGGCCUAGGAGGUCUCGGUGGAUUUUUACUGAUUUUAGGCCACCUUCUGGGGAACUUCCCCUGAGGAGAAAUUCAUCUUCCAUUUGUACCUUCUAAUGUGUCUCUGCUUUCCAUCCUGGAAACUGCUACAUGCGGAAGUGUGUGUGUGUGGGGGGCUCUUGUUCUGGUGAGGAAGACUUGUCUUUUUUUUCUCUUCUUUUUGCCUCAGAUAUUAGACCAUUUUCCUAGGACACAUUUUUGCUUAGUGUUUUACAGGCAAUUUUAGAGACCCUAGAAUCUUCUCAGAAUCAAAAUAUGUGCCCAUAGGUUAGUCAGCUAUGACCAUGCAGUAUUCACACACACACCCCUCCCAGCCAUCUGCUUCCUCUGAAUAUACCAGAUUGGCUGUACACCAGGAUGUUCCGGGAAUCCCCAGGAAAGCAACAGAAUGUGAUGGACUCCAAUACGAUGCCUCAGUAACUCAUUCCAGGAUGUACAAACUGUAACUGUUAUGACAUUCUGUAUAGCUAAUUAAAAUUUUUCUAGGUGUGCGUAUUUUCUAUUUUCAAUGACAUCGAAAAGGCCGCAGUAAUUCUUCUGUUAGAUACCCCUCCAUGGUUUCUCUGAAACCCCUGCAUAGGUUCCAAAUAUGAAUGUGAAUAUAUAUAUGUAUGUAUGUAUGUAUAUAUAUAUCCACUAGUUUCUGUGUCCUCUUUCUGAUUCUAAAAUGGCCAGUGUGGCCUCUCUAGCACUUCCUAGCUCUAUCUGUGGUACUGAGGUAGCCAGAGGGCCAUCUCUAGUAGCCCACUGCACUCUCCAUGGUACUGAAGGAGUGGCCAUUUGUUUUAGCAUCUCUUGGGGGCCAGAAGAGUCCUGAGACUUAAAACCACACAACUUUCAAGUUGGCAGGGACUACAAAUGUAAAUUCAGUACAACUCGUUUCACAGAAGGUGAACCGAGAGGAUAACUGAUUACUGGAGGCUGUAAGGCCUAGGCUUGCAGGAGCCUCUACUCCUUAGUUCUGUUCUAACUCCUUUAUGCAAUUGUCAGUGAGCCUGAUAAGGCUGUUGGUCCCAGUAACAGCCUCAUUUGGAGGACCAUAGGCCAGGAAAGGAGGCCUGAGUUGGGACCCAUAGAAACACACACAUUAAGCGGCAUUGGUUUUCUACUGAUGUUUGAGUAGGACAUCUUGCUUAUUUUGGCUCUCAAAAGUCAGAUUCCACACGGGACAAGGGUUUGCCCCUUCAUAAAGUCUUGCCACUCUCCACUAAAUGUUGAAAAUUUAAAAAGCUUUGGACCCCCAGUGUUUUCUUUGCUGAUAGGUAGGGCUGACUCCUGGCCCAGUUCUCUUCAAACCUGUAAGUAAAGUAAUGCUUGGGUCCUCUCUCUUUUUCUUAGUAACCCAUUUCAGUUUCAUGAGUCUCAUUGUAAGGAAGUUCUUUAUUGAGUAUUAUGUUUGAGGUUUAAAAAAAGAAGCUAGGCCCAAGUUCAUCUAGCCUGAGCAAGAUACAAUUCUAUAUGGAAGGAGGAAGGUAGAUUGGAUGACUUCUGGUCAUCCACUGAAGCCUAAAUUCCAUGACCUUGUCAGCAGUUAAAUAGCAGGAAAACCUCCCGUUGCCAUCCUCUUCCUCAACUCUGUCCUUCCCAGCCCUGUGCUACACUUGUCACGGGUAGGGAAUUUUAGAUGGAGAAUUUUAACCCCUUCCUGCUCAGAGCUUGUGUGGAUCCCCUAUCUGUGCAGAUGGCAAGGCCCCGCCCCCCAUCCCUCACUCCAGCCUCUUGAGCUCAGAGCCAGUGUAAUCCUCCUCUUGUGUGAGGAAGCCUCUCCCCUGCAGAGAGGAGGAAAGCCCGCUUCGGAGCAGCUCUGGACAAAGGGGCUGAGAUGCCCCGUCAAACCACAGGCUCCAAGGUUUGAAACGGGGUGAAACCUAAAUGGGAUUUGCAGUUUUUAAACCCCUUCCCUAGACUGGUAGUGCCCCUUAACUUCCAGGCCUCCCCCAACUCUCUUCAUUCCCUCUGUAGCUGGCUCUCCCUUCACGCCCCUCCCCCUCUGUCUCCAGACUCUGCUGCUGGGAGGUGUUUCUCUCCCAUGCAUGAAUGAGUCUCUGUAAUGAAUGGAAAUGAAUGGAUCAGGAAUCCAGGAAGGGGGAGGGGGAGGAGGAAAGACCAGAAGACUGGGUGCCGGCAGAAGCAAGGAGGAGGGACCUGGAGGGAUUCUGGCUGGCUGGCCCUGGGUCUGAGAGGAGCUAGUACCAUUUGGAAAACAGGAGUAUGGCUAGCCCUCCACAUUUGUUUAUCCAGGGGCACAGCCCAACGCGAGUGGAAGAGGGGUAUACUAUGAUGGCCUCCCACAUUGUGUGUGUGUGUGUGUGUGUGUGUGUGUGUGUGUGUGGUGAUGGCGGUUCUGGACUAGGUGUUUAAAACAUCAUUUGGGGGAGGAAGUCUGUAUCAUACAAGUUGGCAGAUGAAGAGAUGCAAGUUUUGAGGACAGCAAAUAAAAAGCCUGGAAUACCCCAAGAUCACAGUAGGAAGAAGGGAUGGGUUUUAAGGAUACAGGCUGCUAAGUGGGGUGACUCUACUGCCAAAAGCCAGGGCUCAUCUUUCCUCCAACCGCUCUGUCUUGUUUUAGCACCUCCGCACCUGUUGCCUUCAUUAGCAGCUUUUCUUCUUCCUCCUUCCAAUCCUCAGAACCAAAGAAUGUGAAGGGGGUCCAUGGAGGGCUCACGUCCCCGCAUCCUGGUCGGCCACCUAGAGCCUUCCCCACCAGCCUUCGACGGCGAGCUGGAUCUGCAGCGCUACUCCAACGGACCAGGUGUCAGCGGGACUCCAGGACCCGGCUCGCCUGGGAUGGGAGCAGUGGGCUGGUCUGAGACUCGUGCAGGCGAACGGCGCUUCCCUUGUCCUGUGUGCGGAAAGCGCUUCCGAUUCAAUUCCAUCUUGGCUUUGCACCUGAGAGCCCACCCGGGCGCCCAAGCCUUCCAGUGCCCACAUUGCGGCCACCGCGCAGCGCAGCGGGCUCUGCUGCGCUCACACCUCCGAACGCACCAGCCGGAGCGUCCACGCAGCCCUGCUGCACGGCUGUUGCUGGAGUUGGAGGAACGCGCCCUGCUUCGCGAAGCCCGACUCGGGAGAGCCAGAAGCUCAGGCGGAAUGCAGUCCAGCCCUGCCGCAGAGGGCCUGGCUCGCCCUCAGGUCCCUUCCUCAUCUGCCUUCCGUUGCCCUUUCUGCAAAGGCAAGUUUCGCACCUCAGCGGAGCGGGAACGCCACCUGCAUAUCCUGCACAGGCCCUGGAAGUGCAGCUUGUGCAGUUUUGGCUCCAGCCAGGAGGAGGAGUUGCUGCACCACAGUCUGACGGUCCACGGGGCUUCCGAGCGCCCCCUGGCGGCUACAUCUACGCCUGAACCCCAGCCUCCACCCCAGCAAGAACCCAGAUCUGCCCUUGAGCCUGAGCCUGAGCCUGAACCUAGGCCAGAGCCUGACCGGGAGGCAAACCCUGCCCCAACUCCUGCACCUCCGGAGGAGCCCCCUGCGCCACCUGAGUUCCGUUGCCAGGUGUGCGGCCAGAGCUUUACACAGUCCUGGUUUCUCAAGGGUCACAUGCGCAAGCACAAGGCCUCCUUUGAUCAUGCGUGCCCCGUAUGUGGUCGCUGCUUCAAGGAGCCCUGGUUCCUUAAGAACCACAUGAAGGUGCACACCAGCAAGCUGGGUCCUUUGCGUGCUCCAGGCCCUGGCUCUGCACCUGCCAGGGCCCCUCAGCCUCCCGACCUGAGCCUACUGGCAUACGAGCCACUGGGCCCUGCACUCCUCCUGGCCCCAGCACCCGCUCCGGCUGAGCGCCGAGAGCCCCCAAGCCUCUUAGGCUACCUGAGUGUACGAGCUGGGGAAGUACGACCCAAUGGUGAGGGUGCUGACCCUGGAGGUGGCCGAAGCUAUGGAGGGUUCCGCCCACUGCCUUCAGCUCUUCCCAACCGGGCUCGGCGACACCGUACAGAGGAACCAGAAGAGGAAGAAGAAGUGGUGGAGACUGAAGAGGAGAGCUGGGCCCGAGGCAGGUCGCUGGGCUCUCUGACUUCCCUGCACCCCAACCCAGGUGAGGGGUCAGGACAGCCUGCACCUGCCGCAGGGACCCAGGCGAGAUCCACGGCCACCCAAGAAGAAAACGGGCUGCUGGUUGGAGGGACACGAUCUGAAGCAGGCCGUGGGGCCACUGGCAAGGACUGCCCCUUCUGUGGAAAAUCUUUCCGCUCGGCGCAUCACCUAAAAGUGCAUCUUCGUGUGCAUACAGGUGAGCGUCCCUACAAGUGUCCACACUGCGACUAUGCAGGUACCCAGUCGGGCUCGCUCAAGUAUCACCUUCAGCGUCACCACCGAGAGCAGAGGAGCAGUGCAGGUCCUGGGCCUCCCCCAGAACCCCCGCCACCUUCCCAGCGGGGCUCACUGCAGCCGCAGUCAGGAGCCAAGCCAACUCAGGCCUCAGCCACCUGGGUAGAGGGCACUGCAAGUACCCGGCCUCCUUCGAGCAGCACCGGACCAGGGUCCCGUAGGAAGCCUGCUAGCCCUGGGAGGACCCUGCGAAACGGGCGAGGCGGUGAAGCCGAACCCCUGGACCUGUCCCUACGGGCGGGCCCGGGAGGUGAGGCCGGGGCAGGGGGUGCCCUUCACCGCUGCCUCUUCUGCCCCUUUGCCACUGGAGCUCCUGAGCUAAUGGCCUUGCAUCUGCAAGUACACCACAGCCGUCGUGCUCGGGGCCGCCGGCAGCCCCGAGCCGACACGUCUCCAACCUAUGUCCGGGCACCAUCAGGAGAGACCCCUCCCAGUCCUCCACUAGAAGAGGAGGGCAGCCCAGGGCUGUCUAGAUCUGGAGAGGCAGGUCUUGGGGGUCAAGAACGGUAGGGAGCCCUCUUAGGAGUGAUUAGCUUAGUAAGCUUACCCCGCAGGAGCGGGGAAGUGCUAGAGGUAGUUGGGUAGAGCAGCCAGCAGGGAGCAGUGUGGGACCCGUAUCCCAGCCCAAGGUGGACCAAGAGGUAAAGUGGGCAGUGGGUGAAGGAGAGUGGGCAAGCAGCACCCACCCAGCCCAGAGGAGUCACAGUGCCUUAGAAGUGGCAGAGGUGAGGGUCAAAGAACGGGGUCCUAGGGCUGGUAGAGGAUGUGUUCCUGUUAAGGAGCCGCUCUGCCAGUUCCUGCUGGUCCAUAGGCAUGAGAGUUUAUUUUUGUAUAAGGGGUGGGGGUGGGGGGCACUGUACCCUUCUAGCCCUAUCAGGGGCCCUUGUAGACGUUGCUAUUUUUGGUACGAUUCCUGUCAUCCCUGUUGAAGAGUCAUGUCUCCAAUAAACAGGUGUCUUGAGGCACAA